CAUUGAAGUUUCUAGCUUCACCUAGUGAUGGAGAUGGCAGAGAAGUCACCAAAAAAUUUGGGGGACAAUGAGUCGCUGAAAAUGGCUAUCGCUAUGGCGCUUGUUCGAUCAAAGCUUACACACACCAACCAACCUCGGCCACUGUCGCUGUCAUCAUUUGAUCCUCUAUCAAAAGAUGCUCUCAAAUGGAAGCUGAAGGCAAAGGAACGCAAGCUAGAAAUUGCCAGACUCAAAGAAGACAUUAAAAUCUCAGAAGGCAUGCAGCAGGAUUUAUUUCCGCAUAAUGCAUUGUGCAAGUGCUACUUCUUUGAUAAUUUGGGCCAAUUCAGUUCUAUUAGAGCUGGAGAUGAUUGUGAUCACAGAUUCAAUGAUGUCUUGUACCGUAGUUUUCUCAGACAAGUUAGAAUAAAUGAGAGAAAGAGAAAAUUACCAGAUGGCUCAAAAGGACAAGAAUAUGUAUCAGAAUAUAGUAAUAACAGUGAAGUUGAGAAACUACGAGCUUCAGUUGAUUUUCUAGUGGACACAUGUUAUGCUCUUUCUCAGGCCAGACUGGAUGAAUGCAAAUUUAAAAACUGGUCUCACCAAGCAGUGGGAUUUAUUCUUGACACAGUGAAGACCAAAUCAACUGUGGGAGACAAUAUUCAUGUUGAAGGUGUUUUAAGCAGCUUAAUUACUUGCCUAUUGCAGAGUAUGUGCAGUGCAACACGAGAGGAACAUCAAGCUGACACUGAUGUAAGGUUCUACAUUCAGCAUUUAAUGCGCAAACUUGGAAGUGACUGUUUCAUUGGGCAGUGUAUACUCCUUUCUGCUUCUCAGAGAAUUUCUUUAGUUGCUGAAGGGUUGCUCCUUAUGGAUCCAUUUCAUGAUGCAUUUCUAAAUAUGCACCACUCUAUUUACCUGAUACGAACAAAAGUAGGGGAAUAGGGCCAGCGCUAAUCUUCACCUUAGAUUACCACUAUAUCAGAAGAGAAGUAUCUUGCAUUGUGCGGGGGUAUUUCCUACCUCCCCUUACCUCUACCUCCAUCAUCUCUCACCUUGAUCCAAAUGAGGAUCCAGCUUAUUGAGUUUCUGGUGUCAGAUUACCUACUAACCUGGUCAGGCAGUGAAGAGUUUGACACAAGGCGUUUUGAAGAAUGGAUAGUGUCGGUUCUGGAAGCACGUAAGGUGCUGGAGCUAAUGGAAUGCAGGAGUGGGCUUUAUGUGCUGUACAUGGAUCGCGUGAUUGGGCUCGUGGCUAAACAAGUAGGUCAGUUUUCAUUUCUCCAGAAGCUGAACCCAGAAAUUCU